CCAAGUAAUGCCUAGAAAGAAACAAUCGAAUUCUAUUAAUUGUACGAGCGUUAUAUUAUAUAGUACCAAAUAACAUUUAAUUCGAGAGUUGAACAAUAUUUGUAUCGGUUUAUGAAAUAAUACAAUCUCGAUCGCUAUUCGAAUAUAUUUUAAUCUCCUGAAAUAAUAGUAUAAAUAUAGUACUUUACGAUGGUUCAAGUACGAUAUACUCGUAACUUAUUUUUACGUGGAAUAUGUAUUAUAUAUCUUUUUGCAUUUCUUAGUUUUUAUAUACAAAUUCCGGGAUUAUAUGGCGAUAAUGGCAUUCUACCUGCUAGAACUCAAGUGGAUCUUAAAAGUCGUUCACCUUUACUUCAUAAAUUAAGGCAGAAACCAACGUUACUGUGGUUUGCUCCUUACCUUGGUCUAAACGUAGAGUAUAUGUUAGAUGUAUUAUCACUUAUAGGCGUUGCUCUUUCCUUUGCAGGAUUUAUCUCACAAAGAUUUUGUAUUGCAUUGGUAUUUGCAGUACUUUGGUCAUUAUAUUAUUCCCUAUAUCAGAUUGGUCAAACAUUUAUGUGGUUUCAGUGGGAUGUACUUUUAUUAGAAGCAGGAUUUUUAUGUAUAUUUGUAGCACCAUUUUGUUAUUCUCAACGUAGCAAAGUAAAUACACCAAGUGACGCUGUAACUUUUUGGACUGUACGUUGGUUACUUUUCCGCUUAAUGUUUUCCAGUGGAGUAGUGAAACUUACUUCUGGUUGCCCUGUAUGGUGGAAAUUAAAUGCUCUAAAUGUACAUUUUGAAUCACAAUGUAUACCUACUCCAUUAGCAUGGUACGCACAUCAUUUGCCAACAUGGUUUUUACGUUUUACUACUGUGAUUGUCAAUAUUUUUGAACUUGUCAUUCCAUUUUUGUUCUUCUUCCCAAACAGAAAAGUUAGAAUAAUUGCAUUUUAUACACAGGUAUUUCUUCAAAUACACAUUAUAGCAACAGGAAAUUAUAACUUUUUUAAUUUUUUAACUAUUUGUUUAUGUAUCUCUUUACUCGACGAUCAAUUUUUUUAUAAAAGAAAAUCUAAAAAUGGUACUUACAAUAUCAUACAAUCUUUUUCAACAAUAUUGUGUAUUGUAGUUUAUGGAGUAAUUUUUUAUGCAACAUACGUGUAUUACAAUCUUAGAAUAUCUGAUAAUUGGACAAUCCAAAGUGACAUUGCAUUUACAGAAGAACAAUUUGAUUAUGUCCUAUCACGAAUAAUUCCAGUUUCCAUCUAUAUUGGUGUAAUAUCUCUUGCAUUUACUGUGGCAAAUGCACUAGUUACGUCUUUAUUCUCUAUCAAAGGAAUACAAAAUAAGAUCUUCACAACAUUUGUUACAAGUCUUUAUACAGCAGCAGUUUGUUUUAUCUUUGCAAUAAGUAUUGUACCGUACGCUACUUUACAUCAUUCUCAUAAUUCAACAAUACCAAUUCAACUAAGACAAAUACAAGGGAAAGUCGAACAUCUUCGUCUUGUAAAUAGUUACGGAUUAUUUAGACGCAUGACUGGAGUAGGAGGUAGAUUGGAAGUAAUUGUCGAAGGAAGCAAUAACAUUGAUGGACCAUGGAAAGAAUACGAAUUUUUAUAUAAACCAGGAAAUGUUAAUAAUUCAUUACCAUUUGUUGCUCCUCAUCAACCACGGCUUGAUUGGCAAAUGUGGUUUGCUGCAUUAGGUAAUUAUCACCAAAAUCCAUGGUUAAUGUCGUUGGCGUAUCGCCUUUUAAGCGGUCAACCAGAAGUACUGGCUCUAAUGAACAAUGUAGAAAAUCCAUUUAUUGAAAAACCACCUAGAUUUAUCAAAGCUAGUCUUCAUCGUUAUCAUUACACUCCAUGGAGUCAGUCAUGGAACAAACAAGCUUGGUGGACAAGAGAAAAAAUCGGGGAAUAUUUUCCAAUAUUUAGUCAUGAUCAUCCACCACUUAUCGAAUAUUUAUCAAAAAUGAAAAUUAUUCAAGAUAAACCGAUUUUCAAAAUAACAAACGAACCGUUAAAACUAUUCUUCGAUAGUAUUAGGUCUUUAAUUCAUAAAAUCGAAGCCAGCCUUCUUUUAUGGGGAGUUUUUACUGCAGGUUGUACGAUUAUUAUGACUAGCUAUAAUAAUUCAGUGUUAAAGAAAAAAGUUGAACUUCUGGCUCAUAAGCUACAUAAACUUCUGGCAAUGAAACUUUUGACAGGCCUAAUGGAUAUUUAAAUAAUUUCUCUAAACGUGUUUCUAAUAAAUUAAAUGCUUCUUGAAA